UUUAUUCCCAUUUUCUAUACUAUUACAUAAAAUUAUACGAUACUCAAAUGAAAUCUGUAAAACUUAAUACAGGUCACUCAAUGCCUAUUAUAGGAUUGGGUACAUAUCUGAUAAAGGACAAAGAUACUAUAAUGGAAGUUGUCCGUGCAUCCCUUGAAAGUGGUUAUCGAGCCUUUGACACCGCUGAGUUGUACGAAAAUGAACACCACCUAGGCGAAGCGUUCGAAAAAUUUCUGCCUCAGUUUAAAUUGAAGAGGGAAGACAUAUUCAUAACGUCCAAAUUGGCCACCAACAACCAAGGGGCCGAGAAAGCUCCAAAGGCUAUUCAAGAGACCCUGGAUAACCUUAGAACUCCUUACCUGGACCUAUUUCUAAUUCACUGGCCCGGUGUUCAAGAUCUUAAUGAAGAUGACCCUCAAAAUAGAGAAAUUCGCACCCAGAGCUGGAAAUGCAUGGAACAAGCCCAUCUAAAUGGCAAGUUAAGAGCAAUCGGCGUUUCAAAUUAUACGGUUAAGCAUCUAAAUGAAAUGUUGGACCCCAAUAGCCCUUACCAUUGUAAAGUUGUACCCGCCGUUAAUCAGGUCGAAUUCCAUCCCUACUUGUACCAAAAAGAAUUGCUGGAAUAUUGCAACCAGAAGGGGAUACGGUUGGAAGCCUAUUCCUCUCUGGGAUCUCAAAAGAGCCAGGAUCUACUGAAAGAUGAAAAGGUGGCCCUGAUAGCUAAAAAUCAUGGGAAAUCAGUUGCUCAGGUUCUACUAAGGUGGGCCGUUCAACACGAAAUUAUAAUCAUACCCAAGUCUUCUAAAGCUGACAGAGUCAAGGAUAAUAUCAAGAUAUUCGAUUUCGAAUUGAGUAGCCAAGAUAUGGAAACUUUAGACGGGUUGAACAAAAAUUUGAGAUAUAGUUGGGAUCCUAGCAAAGUGUUCUGAUUUUUUUUUUCAUUUUGUUUGAUACAUAUAUCAAAUUAAUCAUGUUUUUCUUUAGCUUAAUUUUUUUUCAAAAUAUUUAUUUAAAAAAUUAUAUAUUUUUAAAUAGUAUAAUACCAGUGUAUAAAUAUACUUAUAACGUUGAAACCGGUAAGAAUAAACUUAUAGAAUAUUAUUAAUAA